AUGGAGGUCUUCCGCGCCAUCGGUGUGGAGAAGGAAGUUCUGCGACAGAGUGCACCCCAGGGCACCGUUAGCCACACUGCAUGGUACACGAGUAUUCGGUUGGAGCCGAUAUUGUUGGGGCGCGCGCGAGAGCUCAAUCCUGACGGAUUGAGACAUUCCACCGAGGUGCUUGCUGUCACUGAGGAGGCGGAGAAGGUGCUUGUCACUGUAAGAAACGCGGAUGGGACGCGGGAGGAUUGGGAGGCUAAAUAUGUUCUCGGCGCCGAUGGCGGCCGGUUCAUGGCAGAUCAGCUGGGGAUUGCUUGGGAAGGCGAGAAGGACAUUUUCGACAUGGUGUCUGCCCAUUUUCACGCUCCGCUUUCUUCGGUUCAUCCGAAUUCCAACGCUUUCAUCAGCUGGUUCAUCAACCCCUCUCUGGGAGGCAGUAUCAAAUCCGGUUACCUCUACCCUCUCGGGCCCUUCCCAUCGAACCCCGAGACGGAAGAAUGCGUCAGUCACCGGUAUGUGGGCAGUAUUGUCACAGAGCACUUCCGGAGUGGGGGCGGCAAGGUAUUCUUGCUAGGUGAUGCCGCACACCAAAUCCCCCCAUGGGGAGCACUGGGCAUGAAUACUGGACUGCAAGAUGCCUUCAACCUGAUCUGGAAGCUUGCGUUCAUUUUGCGAGGAAAUGUGAAAGACCCGAAGCGUCUGCUCGACACCGACGAGGAAGAGCGUCGGCCGAUCGCGAAAAGUGUCGCCUAUUCCAGUCCAUGGCGAAGCCAUGGCGAUGCCAUGGAUAAAGCAAUCGGUGCCUCGCCUGCCCAGACCAGCGAGGUGAAUCAAGCUGCUAUGGACGCAUAUUUUGACAAGAGCCACCCCGACUACGCGAAGAAGCAGAUAGACGUCGGAAAAGCGCAGACUGUUCUCGAUGGCGAGUUCUGCGCCCUUGGGACUGAAAUCGGCUGGUUUUAUCCCUCAGUUGAUGCCAACAAUGAAGGGGAGACUACUAGACAUGACGGCCAGAUUCGAGAGGUUGGGUCGUUUGACAACAUCUUCUAUCAUCCCUCGACCAUUCCUGGUCACCAUCUUCCUCAUUUCUGGCUACAGCGGGACGGAAACACUGUAUCCAGUCGGGAUUUGCUGGAUCCUCGGAAGUUGUUACUUUUGGGUAGUUCCGCUGAUGUCGAGGCUCGUCUUGGACAGGGCCACCCGUUGAUAAAGGUGGAACUCAUUGAUUGUCCCGAGGGGUGGCAAGAUACAGAUGCAUUGUGGGGGAAGCUGUGCCCCAUAGGCACAGAUGGUGUUGUGAUCGUCAGACCCCAUGGCAUUGUAGUUUGGCGGAGUCAAUUGAAUGAUGCCGCCCAGGCAGAUUUCUUGGGUCAAUUCGUGUAG